GAGAAAACGGAGACUCAGAGAGUCAAGACCCUGCGGCUCAGGGCGCGCCCAGAUCUUGUGGCUAGCCAGAAGCAAGGUUUCGGAUUCCCUCAGUCUCGGGCCACUGUCCCAAGCUGCCCAAAGCUGGGGAGGCCCGGUCCAGCUCCCGGAAGGCUGGAGGGAGGUACCUGGCCAAGCUGUCAUCAGUGGGGAGCAUCUCGGAGGAGGAGACGUGUGAGAAGCUCAAGGGCCUGAUCCAGAGGCAGGUGCAGAUGUGCAAGCGGAACCUGGAGGUCAUGGACUCUGUGCGCCGUGGGGCCCAGCUCGCCAUCGAGGAAUGCCAGUACCAGUUCCGGAACCGGCGCUGGAACUGCUCCACACUCGACUCCCUGCCUGUCUUCGGCAAAGUGGUGACACAAGGGACUCGGGAGGCGGCCUUCGUGUACGCCAUCUCUUCAGCAGGUGUGGCCUUUGCGGUGACACGGGCAUGCAGCAGUGGGGAACUGGACAAGUGUGGCUGUGACCGGACAGUACAUGGGGUCAGCCCACAGGGCUUCCAGUGGUCAGGAUGCUCGGACAACAUCGCCUAUGGUGUGGCCUUCUCACAGUCCUUUGUAGACGUGCGGGAGCGAAGCAAGGGGGCCUCAUCCAGCCGGGCCCUCAUGAACCUCCACAACAAUGAGGCUGGCAGAAAGGCCAUCCUGACACACAUGCGGGUGGAGUGCAAGUGCCACGGGGUGUCGGGCUCCUGUGAGGUAAAGACGUGCUGGCGAGCCGUGCCACCCUUCCGCCAGGUGGGCCACGCACUGAAGGAGAAGUUCGAUGGCGCCACCGAGGUGGAGCCACGCCGUGUGGGCUCCUCCAGGGCACUGGUGCCUCGCAACGCACAGUUCAAGCCACACACGGAUGAGGACCUGGUAUACUUGGAGCCCAGCCCAGACUUCUGCGAGCAGGACAUGCGCAGCGGUGUACUGGGCACAAGGGGCCGCACGUGCAACAAGACGUCCAAGGCCAUCGAUGGCUGUGAGCUGCUGUGCUGUGGCCGUGGCUUCCACACAGCGCAAGUAGAGCUGGCUGAACGCUGCAGCUGCAAGUUCCACUGGUGUUGCUUCGUCAAGUGCCGGCAGUGCCAGCGGCUCGUGGAGCUGCACACAUGCCGAUGACUGCCCGCCAGCCCUGCGCCCAGCAGCCACCUCACGCGCGGCCCAGGGAAGGCCAAUAAUUUAAACAGUCUCCCACCACCUACCCAAGAGAUACUGGUUGUAUUUUUUGUUUUGGUUUGGUUUUUGGGUCCUUCAUUUUAUUUAUUGCCAAAACCAGGUAGGCAAUCCCAAGGGCACCAACCAGGGCCUCCCCAAAGCCUGGGCCUUUGUGACUGCCACUGACCAAAGGGACCUUGCUCAUGCCUCUGGCUGUCCACUUGGGGCUGCCACUGACCACUCAGAUGUUAUCUGUGUCAACUUUUCUACUUGCAGACUUAAGGUGGGUAACAAGGAGUAUUAGAAGUGGCCCUAUGGCAAGGGAAUACAGAUGCCAUCUCCUGAUGGAAAUCAUACUCCCUGGAAAAUAGUUCACAUCUCCCCAAC